AUGUCGUGCACGGACCACCUCCAUACAAGCCCCAUAGUUACGGAUCCGUAUUCUAAUUGUGUGUUUGGGCACGGAACGAUUGCACGGGUGGCAUCCUCCCAACGAUGGUCGGAGGGUAUGUGUAGAGGUGAGACGCAAGUCUCUCCUCCGCACCUACCACUGCUGGCGCGUGACUUCGUGAGCCCGUCUGCAGUGCCCCCGUGGGUGAUCCUCUGCUGCCGCGGCGUGCCGCGUCUGGGCUUCGGCCCCGGCGUGGGCGUCGCGGUGGCGCCUGAAGCCCGGGGGCCCUUUGGCCUCCGGCACCGCUGGAGUCUGUGGACGGAUGGCCGCUGGCCACACCUGAAACCAGAUUCCUGGGGGGGAGCCGCCCCGUGGGAUCCGCCGUUCGCCGGCGUUGUCCACGGGGUCCGGACCCUCCACCCGAGGGCCGUAUGCCGCAGCCCGCCACCGCCCGCCCGGGCGGCCUGGCGGGACCACUGCGUGCGGACCGGCGCUGAGGGGCUUAGUGGGGGCAAUUGGAUGGCCGCCCGCGUCACCCCCGGUACGCCGGGGGCGCCGCGCCGGCCGGGCGCCUCGUGCGCCCCUUCCUGA